CUAAUAUUGAGAGAAAGCCCUACUACUCAGCCUCAAUGAAUAACUCACAGUUCAGAAAGCUUGUUCUCGAACAGUCGACAUCAAAACCUGAAAAUGGCACGCAGACAACGCCCCAACCGAGCGCAACACCAUUCGGCGCAAGAGCACGAGGUUUCAUGACACCACGCCACACGCCAGGAAGCACGAAUAAUGACUUCAGACGCCAACUAUUCGAGCAAGCGGCGGAGAACCAGCAACGCAAGAAAUUCCGCUCUAGUGCAGCACCCAAGGGCACGAAGCUCGCUGCUGGCUAUUCAGAUCGCACACAGAGCAGAAAGGAUGAAGAAGAUGACGACAAGGGAAAGAGAAUCAAGGCGUUGGAAGAAUCAAUGAAGCUGCAGCAGAUUGACCAAGCGACCUUCGAAAAGCUACGCGACCAAAUCACAGGAGGCGACAUAAGCUCGACACAUCUAGUCAAGGGACUGGACAGAAAACUGCUCGAAAGGAUUAAAAGAGGCGAAGAUGUGAUGAACAGCCCGUCAAAAGAGCAGGAUCCCGAGGAGGAUAUUGUGGAGGAUCUCGAUGGCGCGCUCGACGAGUUUCAAGAUAAAUCAGUAGCACCGAUCCAAAGGCAGAGAUCGCUGAAGAGAGGAGAGAUGGCACCUCCUGCAACCGGUGGAAUAAAACGAGAUCGGAACGCCCUCUUGGCGGAAUUGAGAGCAUCAAGGCAGGCAGCUACUGAGACAAAGGCCGCCGCAUCUUCAAAAUUUCGGAGGAUCGGUGAGAAAAGAGAAGAGUCGAGGUUUGAGACCGAUGCCAGGGGAAGGGAAGUCCUGAUUGUAACCGACGCAGAAGGCAAUGUUAAGCGGAAAGUCCGAAAGGUCAAGGCUGAUCCCAACGAACCUGAAGUCAAGGCAAGCGUACUCGGCACCGACGUUGUUAUGCCCGAGCAACCCGUGCCGUCACCCGUGAAAGAAGAAGAGGAAGAAGAUAUGUUUGCAGAUGCAGGAACAGAUUACAAUCCCUUUGGAGUUGUUGUUGAUGAGGGCGAUUCAUCAGAAGAAGAGGACGGCGAGCUUGAAGCCAGUACGCAGAGCAAGCCGUCUCAGGGUCUUGAGAGGCUGCAGACUCAGGCAUCCAUUCCAAGUCCUAAAGCAACAGACACGGUUCCUCAGGCAAAGCGUAAAUAUUUUGACGAUGAGCCCGAAGUUACACCCGAAACGUCCUUCAAUCCACUCCACGAUCCUGCUAUUCUUGCUGCUUUACGCAACUCUCGAGAAGAUGGCAAGAAGCCAAAGCUUAGUCAAGAAGAAGAAGCACGCCAGAAAAAGCAUGCGGCAAUGUUAGCCAGCUCGAACCGGGAUUUUGAAGAUAUGGACAUGGGCUUUGGAUCUAGUCGGCUCGCGGAUGAGGAAGAAAUGGAAGGUGGUGAUCAUAUCAAGCUUUCAGAAUGGGGUCGCGACGGUGACGCUGAUGGUGCUGAGAGAGGAGGUACAAAGCGUAAGAGAGGACCGAAAAAGAAAAGGGGUGAUAAGAACAAUGCUACUGAUAUUAUGAAAGCUAUGGAAGGGCAGAAGGGCAAAUAGAAAGGCAUUGGACCUUCUUAAAGGCUUGACCAGCAAGGGGGCGCUGUACGAUACUUAUAGAUACCCCGGAUCGCGUGCAGUAUAUAUUCGUCAAUGUUGUGCCGCACUAUAUCGAGAGCGCACAGCUUCGAGAUUGUAGCAUUGGAUCUGACCACGUGACCGCC